AUGGAGCAUCUGCAGUCAUUGUCUUUAACUUUGUUAAUCACCUGUUCUUUCAGGAUUCCAUCCACCCCUCCCCCUCUCCCCUUCCCCCAUAGCUAUUGUGACACUCCUCGCGCCUUUGGGGCAAAUUACAAAUACUGUGGUGCAAUAAUGAGACUUAAUGGCUACAUCAACAACAGAACCCACCCUGUUUCCAUGGCAAUUAUCCAGCUGGCCCUCCUUGUUUCCACCGGCUUCAAUCAAGCACUGCAUCAAACUGUGAAUCCAUUGAUAGAGAACUCCCCGUUCACUGCUCUGUGGAAUGCACCCGUCGAACUAUGUGAGAGCAAGUUUGAUGUUGCGGUAGAUCUAAGCCUUUUUGAAGUCAUCGGUAGCCCUUUAGAAACAGCAACAGGACAGCCCAUCACGAUAUUCUACCACAAUAGGCUUGGUUAUUAUCCAUACUAUGAUGAGGUAACUGGAGAGUCAUUCAAUGGUGGUAUCCCCCAGCUGGCACCCUUUGAUCUUCACUAUGCAAAGGCAGCUGAAGAUUUUCAGUAUUACAUUCCUUCAAAAGAGCUUCCUGGAAUUGCGAUAAUAAACUGGGAAAACUGGCGGCCUCAGUGGAUAAGAAACUGGGACCAGAAAGAUAUUUACAGGACAAAAUCGGUCGAGUUGGUUAAGCAACGAAACCAGUUGUUAAACAUGAGUGAGGUAAUUGUAAUUGCCAAGAAGCAAUUCGAAGAGCAGGCAAAGAACUUAAUGUUAAAAACUUUAAAAUUAGGCAAGUCAUUAAGACCGAAUCACUUCUGGGGAUAUUACUUGUACCCGGAGUGUUACAACUAUAACUACAAGGACAAUAAUAGUAACUACUCAGGGAGUUGUCCUGAUAUUGAAAUAGAUAGAAAUAAUGAGCUUCUCUGGCUGUGGAAUGAAAGCACAGCACUGUUUCCAUCCAUCUACCUGCAGACAAUGCUCCGAGCUUCAGUCAAUGCUGCUAAGUUUGUACGGCACCGGAUUCAGGAAGCAAAGCGAGUUGCAUUGCUUUCCAGUCAGGAAUAUUCACCACCUUUGUACAUCUACACGCGACCCGUUUUCACCAAUGCCGCCAAUGAAUACCUAUCUGAGAUUGACCUUGUCCAUACCAUUGGGGAGAGUGCGGCUCUGGGAACAGCUGGGUUUGUGUUGUGGGGCAGUUUGAGUAUGACUGAAACAGAGAAUGUGUGUUUGGAGGUUGCCAAUUAUGUUAAGGAAGUCCUGAAUCCUUAUAUUCUUAACGUGACAUCUGCGGCGAAGCUCUGCAGUAGAAUACUGUGUCAGAAGAAAGGACGAUGUGUCCGAAAGAACUGGGACUCCCCCGAUUAUCUGCACUUGAACCCUGCAAGCUUCAGAAUCAGUCAAAGUGACAAUGGAUACACAGUCAUGGGACGGGCUUCCUUUGAAGAUAUUCUCUUCUUGGCAGAAGCGUUUACUUGCCAGUGUUACGCAGGGCAGAAAUGUGAGCCUGCCAGUGAUAUUGUGAACCAUAUCACUGAAUUGGAUACCUGUGUUAAUCCUUAUAAUUGUAUCAACUUCAAUCCUUAUACAAAACCAUCCACCAAAUCAAACAUUAUUGAUCCAACUUCAAUCCAAGUCUGCGCUCUGGGUCCACACAAGGUCCACGGUCUGGGCCCGCACAAGGUCUACUCUCUGGGCCUGCCCAAGGGCUGUGCUCUGGGCCCACCUAAGGUCUGCGCUCUGGGCCUACCCAAGGUCUGCUCUCUGGGCCCACUCAAGAAGAUCCACGCUCUGGGCCCACCCAAGGUCUGUGCUCUGGGCCCACUCGAGGUUCACGCUCUGGGCCCACAUAAGGUCUGCACUCUGGGCCCACCUAAGGUCCACGCACUGGGUCAGCACACGGUUCUCACUUGGACCCCAUCCAACGUCCAGGCGGUGGGCAUGCCCAACAUCUGCAGUUUGGAUCUGCCCAAGGUCUGUGCUCUGGACCUGCCCUGUGCUGUGAGCCCUCUCAAGGUCCGUGCUCUUGACCUCCCCAAGGUCUGCGCUCUGAGUCUGCCCAAGGACUGCACUCUGGGCCUGCCCAAGGUCUGCGCACUGGGCCUCCCCAAGGUCUGCGCACUGGGCCUCCCCAAGGUCUGCGCUCUGGUCCUCCCCAAGGUCUGCGCUCUGGUCCUCCCCAAGGUCUGCAGUAAGCCCACUCGGGUCUGA